AUGGCUAUCAAAGGUCUCAAUAUCAACCUUAUGAUCGGCCUCCUAUUGCUCAUUGCAGGUAGUGCACACUCGGAUCUGAUCUUCAACUACGAGAACCGUUGCACUUAUCCGAUAUGGCUUGCAGCCAGCCCGUCAAUUGGUGAUGCUGAUCCCGAGCGUGGUCCGGGAACUUUAGAGAUAUUCUUUAUGCCCGAUCAAUGGACUGGUAGCAUUUGGGCUAGGACCAAGUGCACCACCAACGACUUAUAUUAUUUUUCAUGCGAAACUGGAGACUGUGGAUCUGGCACAAUAAAUUGCCAAAACCCACCACCUACUUACCCCGUCACCUUGCUCAAUUUCGAUAUUAAACAAUCAGUGGUCUCCUAUGAGGUGAGCUUGAACCACGGCCACAACUUGCCCGUCCGAAUCCAACCGGUUGGGGGGUCUCUAAUCGAUGGAGCCGGGUCGUGCCCUAUUGUAGAUUGUGUUGAAGAUGUGAGUAAUGUGUGCCCGGGUAACCUAGUGGCCACCAACAAGGAUGGUUUGUAUGUUGGGUGUUACAGUGCGUGUGAUGAGUUAAAAGAUCCAAAAUAUUGUUGCACAGGGAACUUUACUGGUCCACAAGCUUGCCAGCCUAACGAGUACUCGCAAAGGUUCAAGCAAUUAUGCAAACUAGCCCACACCUAUCCCGGUGAUAAUCAACCUCCGAUUUAUAAAUGCUCUUCUGCAACGGGUUACAAUAUUACCUUUUGUCCCUCGUAA